UAUUUUGCUUAAAGGCGUAUCUCGCGACGUGUACCUUCCUGCUACUCAACGACAAACAAUCGCAAAUGUCGUCUGACCCGAAUAGCCCCUUCUGGGGCCCAACUACGGCAAACUCCAAUUUCUGCGAAGAGGUAAUCACACAAUCAAUAACUCUGCGCGUGUAUUUGAAUAACAUUUUCUCCAAUCGAGAUAGGACUAUGCUAUAACCCGAUACAUCGCCGAGUUCAUCAACAGCCUCACCAACAUAUCCUAUAUUCUCUUCGCAAUCCACGGUCUCCGUCAGCUUCAUCGCAAAUCAAACACCGAUGUCUUCCGUGCUAUCCCCUACUAUGGUCUUAUGGCAGUUGGCAUCUGCUCUGCCGCAUUCCACGUCACUAUGAAAUACCAUACGCAAAUGAUGGAUGACCUCUCCAUGCUCUUCGCGACAACACCCGUUCUCCACCGUGUCUUGACAGCCCGUUCUAACCGUCAGGACUCGGUUCGAUUGGCCAUUCUUCUUGGUUCUGUUUUGGCAGCUCUAGUGGUGUAUCAUGUCGCCACAGAUGAGCUCAUUCUACAUUCUGUAGCUUUCGGUGUCAUGGUGACCGUAAUUGGGAUCCGCACGAUGCAGCUUGUCAAAAGCCGCACUGAAGCGAACUCGGCAGAACGGAGGAAGGUCUGGGGAAUAGUGCGAUUUGGAGCCGUGAUCUUCAAUCUGGGGUUUUAUAUAUGGCUCGUUGAUAACAAGAUCUGCGGGAUUCUGAAGACCUGGAAAGCCAAGAUCGGUCUUCCUUGGGCUUUUGUGUUGGAGCUGCAUGGGUGGUGGCAUAUCUUCACAGCCAUUGGCGCGUAUAUCUUCAUCGCUAUAGUCGAUCAUCUCGUCUCUGGUGAGGAUCAUGAGGAACUGGACUCGCUGGCGUGGCCGGCUCCGUGGGCUGCUCGGUCGAUUUUCGCAGGAAGCUCUGUUGAUGAAGGAGAUUCGGAGAAGAAACAAGAGUAAUUUGAUUGCGCUCCUUCAUGGAGAAGAGGACGAGAAAAAAAGGAUGGAAUAUUCACUGAGAGUCCUAGAUUGGUGCUUCUUGUUGUGCUAUGGCUGCAUAGUGCGUAUCGAUCCAAUGACAUGGAGUACAGAGUUAUUCUGUCUAUUAGGCUAGGAACCUGCGUUUUGGAUCCACCACUUUGACUUCAAAAGGAAUGAUGAGAGACUCGAAAAACAGCCCCGAAACCCAGAAGACAGAAAGGUAUAUCAAAGUACAAUUCUAAAUAUGACAAAACCUGACAGC